UUAGUUUAACUUAGUCCCCCAUUCUUUCAAGUAGUUAAUAAUAGUAUUAGACGGUAGGCGCAAAAAGACAAUUUAAUUUAAUAAAAUAAGCAAUGCGCGAGGUUUCCUGAUACAAAAAUAUCUUUAAUUUAAAUAAAUACAUUGUAAUUAGGUCAAGACAUUGACAUAGUUAUUAAAUUAUGAACAAUUACGAUCAUGUUUCCAGAAAAAUCAAUCCCCGAGAAAAUGCUAAUGUGUUGAGUUUAAUAACAUUUUCGUACACAGGGGGAUUAUUUAAAAAAGCAAUAAAACGGGAUCUUGAAGAAGAAGAUAUAUACGAGGUGGUCGAUAGUUGCAGAUCCGACUCAAACGGAGAUAGAUUCGAAAGAUCAUGGAGCGUAGAAAAGGAAACAAAAGAAAAAGUUUCUCUGACCAAAUUAUUGUGGAAAUGUUUUGGUUUAAAAUUCUUAUUUCUGGGUUGCAUUCACUUAACUUGGAAGAUUAUAAGCAGCAUUUACGAACCAGAAGCUAUAGGAAAACUGGUUUCUUACUUUGUUCCUAAUCAAACCAAGCUUACGUUACAAGAUGCUAUUUAUUAUGGAUGUUUAAUGAUCGGUUUGAAAUUUGCCCAAGCGUUAUACUUGCAGAACUAUCACAUAUACUUGCAACAACUUGCCAUUCAAAUACGAACUUCAUUUUGUUCGUUAAUUUAUAGGAAAGCAUUAAGACUUACCCCAUCAGCUAUGAACGAAAUUAGCCUUGGAAAUAUAAUAACAGUUAUAACAAAAGACGUGGUAGCGUUUGAAGGAACCCUCAUGCUAUUUAGUGAUCUAUGGGUAGAAAGUAUUAAAUUAUUUGUAACUUGUUACCUGAUCUACAAUAAAAUGGGACCAGCCGGAUUUGUAGGAAUUGGUUGUCUUUGCUCGGUACUUCCUGCCCAAGUGUAUGUUGGCAAACUUAUAAGAAACUUAAGAUUGGACUUGGGAAAGAAAACAGAUGAACGGUUACAAGCUACUCAAGAGACUCUAUCUGCCAUAAAAAUAAUAAAAAUGUACACAUGGGAAACAGUAUUUUCGAAAAAAGUUGAAAGUAAACGUGUAAAGGAAAUGGGAUAUCUUAUGAAAUCAUUUUACUUAAGAUCAAUGAACUUCAUGGUUGGCAUAUUUACGUCAAAAAUUGGUUUGUACGCCUUGAUGAUGACUUACAUUGCCGUCAAUGAGGUAGCUGACGCCGAAGUAAUUUUCUAUGUUAUGAAGUGCUUCAAAGAUUUAAAGCAUUCGAUUAGUAUAUUAAUUCCUAUUGGACUGGGAAGAGGUGCAGAACUUCUAGCAUCUGCUAAACGGAUUAGUAGAAUCCUCAACAGCGACGAAAUCGAAAACGACGACGACUACAUGAAUAAGAAGUCAAAGGUUAAAGCUAGUAAUGUCAAUGUCAAAAUUAAAGACCGUGAUAUCCUGAAGAAUAUUUCGACUGAAAUUAAACCAGGACUUACAGUUGUGACCGGGCCUCUGGGAUGUGGAAAAAGUUCCCUUCUGAAAUUAUUUUUAAGAGAUCUACCGGUAUCUGACGGAAAGCUUGUUAGCGAAGGUUCCUUUUCAUAUUCCUCACAAGAUCCGUGGCUAUUCCCUUCAUCCAUUAAACAAAACAUCUUGUUUGGAGAAACUUAUGACCCAGUUAGGUAUAAUCAAGUGGUCAAGGUAUGCGCCUUGGAGUAUGAUUUCGAGUUGUUCGAACAAGGAGACGAGACUAUAGUAGCUGACGGAGGUAAAAAUCUUAGCGGUGGACAACAAGCUAGAAUAAAUUUAGCGCGGGCAGUGUACAAAAAAAGUCACGUGUAUCUAUUGGACGACCCUCUACACGCUUUAGACCCCAACGUUCAGGAUUUUGUUUAUCAAAAUUGCAUUAAAGACUUUUUAAAAUACGAAUACUGCGUCUUGGUUACACACAAUGUUAAGCAUCGGCAAGGCGCUGAUAACUUGAUCCUCAUGAAGGAAGGUUCCAUAAAAUUUGACGGUAAAGGAACAGAUAAUAAAGCAGAUUUAUUGCGAGAAACAAGUUUAGAGCCGGAGAUAUUGAGUUCAGAUUUCCAAGAAGACAUUGGAGAUAUAAACGAAACUACACAGCUUAUUAAUGACGAGAGAACUAACCAAAAGAAAGUGUACAGUGAAGUGAAGAAAAUAGGAAAAGUAGACUUCUCUGUAUAUAAAAAGUAUUUCUCAUUUGGAGGUGGAAUUUUUAUGUUUAUGGUCAUAUUUUUCCUGUUUAUGAUUACGGAAACGUCAGAAAGUUACUCUGCUAGAUUACUAACAAACUGGAUAAACAUACAGCAAAAUAUUUCUGUACUAAAAUUAGGACAGCAACCUGUUAGUAAUGCCACUGUGUUUGUUACAAUGGAAAAUACGGCAAGUUGGACAUUAAAAUUGUAUACUGGAAUGAUCGUGUCAUCUUUAAUACUGGAUUUAAUAAACCAGUUUAUUUUCAUAAAUUUCUUUAGAAAAGCUUCCGUCAAUCUACACAAUACUAUGAUUGAAAGAUUAACUACAGCGGCCAUGCCAUUUUAUGAUAACUACUUCAUUGGUAAUAUCUUAAAUAGAUUUUCGCAAGAUUUAGGAAUUGUUGAUGAACACUUACCACACACAGUAAACAUGUUCAUGAUGGUGUUUUUUGCCUGCAUCGGAAUUGUUGCACUAGUAACUUCAGUAAGCUGGACAUUUUUGGUACCAGCUGGUGUUUUGAUUGCUAUAAUGUUUUUGUUAAGAAUAAUUUAUAUGCCAACGGCAAGAAGCUUAAAAAGAUUGGAAUCAGCAACCCGUAGUCCGCUAAUUGGUCAUUUAAAUGCAUCAAUGGAAGGAGUAACAACUAUAAGAGCCAGCAGAGCAGAGAAAAUAUUAGUUCAGGAAUUCGACCGACAUCAAGACCUUUAUACUUCAGCUCAUUAUAUGACAUUUUGCAUCAGAAGGGCGUUUGCGUUCUUUAUGGACAUAUUAUCGGCUACAUUUUUAAGUCUCAUUGUUGGAAGAUUCCUGUUCUUUGCUUCAGAACAAGCUUCAGGAGAUGUGGGUUUGGCCAUUACAAAAGCUGCAACAUUAGCAAGUUUAGUUCAAUGGGCAUUGUUGCAGUGGUCAGACCUGGAGAAUGAUAUGACUUCUGUUGAAAGAGUACUAGAAUAUACUGAAGUGCCACAGGAGGACUAUGAAGGCCAGGAAUUACAACACUGGCCGACUAAGGGCGAAGUAGUUUUCGAGAAUGUCUCUUUAACUUACAAGCUUGAAAAGGUCUUGAAAGGCAUAAGUUUCAGAGUGAAACCCAAAAACAAAAUUGGCAUUGUCGGAAGAACCGGAGCCGGAAAAUCGUCCAUUAUUUCUGUGCUGUUCAGGUUAUAUAAUUACGAAGGAACCAUUUUAGUUGACGGUGUCAAUAUUCGAAAUCUAUCGCUGAAGUUCCUGCGUAAACAAAUAUCUAUUAUUCCCCAGGAUCCUAUGCUCUUUCAAGGAACUAUCCGCCAGAACAUCGAUCCUUUAAAUCAAUUUUCCGACAAGGAAAUCUGGGACACUAUAGGAAAGGUCCAUAUGACUGGUAAUAUUCCAACUCUAGAUCUUUUAAUCACCGACCACGGUUCUAAUUUCUCUACCGGCCAGAGACAAUUGAUCUGCCUAGCCAGAGCUAUUAUCAGAGAGAACAAAGUGGUGGUUUUGGACGAGGCCACGGCAAACAUGGACCCCGAAACCGAAUUCCUCGUGCAAAAGACGAUCGCCGAUAAUUUUGCCAGUUGUACAGUGUUCAUCAUCGCUCACAGAUUGAAAUCCGUUUUGGACUGCGACAAAAUUCUUGUUAUGGAGAAGGGAGAAGUUGCCGAGUUCGACGAGCCCCACGUUUUAAUGCAGAACGAGAACAGUUUCUUUGCACAAAUGAUAGCAACGGAUAGUAGCCAUUUAUUCGAGGAAUAAGCUGUGAUAUUUAUUGUAUUUAGUUAUGUGUUUCUUACGGUUGCGAUAUAUUUUAAGAAGAA